CCUGUCACUGCAUUCCUGCUCCCCCUCCCUCUAGCUGGGUUUGUCAAGUCGCCCAUGUCAGAAACUAAGCUCACUGGGGACGCCUUUGAGCUGUACUGUGACGUGGUCGGGAGCCCCACGCCAGAGAUCCAGUGGUGGUACGCAGAAGUCAACCGGGCAGAGUCUUUCAGACAGCUGUGGGACGGUGCUCGGAAGCGCCGUGUCACCGUAAACACCGCCUACGGGUCAAACGGCGUGAGUGUGCUGAGAAUAACCCGGCUCACCUUGGAGGACUCUGGGACUUACGAGUGCAGGGCCAGCAACGACCCCAAGAGGAAUGACUUGAGGCAAAACCCUUCCAUAACAUGGAUUCGAGCCCAGGCCACCAUAAGCGUCCUUCAGAAGCCAAGGAUUGUCACCAGUGAAGAAGUCAUUAUUCGAGAAAGCCCUGCGCCCUCUGUCACCCUGCAGUGUAACCUCACCUCCAACUCUCACACCCUUACAUACAGCUACUGGACAAAGAAUGGGGUAGAACUGACUGCCACUCGUAAGAAUGCCAGCAACAUGGAAUACAGGAUCAAUAAGCCGAGAGCUGAGGAUUCAGGCGAAUACCACUGUGUAUAUCACUUUCUCAAUGCUCCUAAAGCAAAUGCCACCAUUGAAGUAAAAGCUGCUCCUGACAUCACUGGCCAUAAACGGAGUGAGAACAAGAAUGAAGGGCAGGAUGCCAUGAUGUACUGCAAGUCAGUUGGCUACCCCCACCCAGAGUGGAUCUGGCGCAAGAAGGAGAACGGUAUGCCCAUGGAGAUUGUCAAUACCUCUGGCCGCUUCAUCAUCAUCAACAGGGAAAAUUACACUGAGCUGAGUAUCACAAACCUGCAGAUCAUAGAAGAUCCUGGCGAGUAUGAAUGUAAUGCUACCAACUCCAUUGGCUCUGCCUCCGUUGUCACCAUCCUCAGGGUACGGAGCCACCUGGCCCCACUCUGGCCCUUCUUGGGAAUUCUGGCGGAAAUCAUCAUCCUUGUGGUGAUCAUUGUUGUGUAUGAAAAGAGGAAGAGGCCAGAUGAAGUUCCUGACGACGAUGAACCAGCUGGGCCAAUGAAAACCAACUCUACCAACAAUCACAAAGAUAAAAACUUGCGCCAGAGAAACACAAAUUAAGUACUACUUGUAAUAUCUUUAGGUUCCUGAAACUGGUGGCAACAUGACCUGCUAAAUUUUCUGCUUGUACCUCUUUGGUUCUUUCCCUUUCAAGUGAGCAGCACCAUGAUGACUGUCUAAAGCAUGCCUUAUUUAGCCUCUCCUGUAAGGGUGACCUAGCCAGGUACAUUUUAAACAAUGCUUCAGUGUAGAGGGUGUAAACUAUUUUGGGCUUGAUGUGCUGUGAAUGUUGCUUUUUUUUUUUUUUUUUUUCCCCCCUUUGGUAGAAUAUUUAAAUAGAAGUAAAAAGGUCCUCUGAGGAUCAGAUCAUGCAUGCACCGUUUUUUACUUAAUGCAGCUGUUAAAUUGGCAAAGCUCUAAAAUGCACUGCUGCCAUCUAGUGAUACAUUUUUGUAAAGUACAGCAAAACCUACAGAUAUAUACAGUAUAUAAAUAUAUAUAUAUAUUUAUAUUUUUGGGGGUGGGAGAAAUCCAAAAUAAAAUAAAUGCUUGUUUCAUUUUUAAGCUGCUGAUACUCAUUCCUUACUGUAUGUUGUCAGAUGAGGAAACUGUUCAGUUCUGGUACAUAAAGAUGAGUAAUAUAAACUGAAAUCUAUAAUUUUAAGGGCUUAACCUAUGACUUUGAUAAGAAGCUGGAACAGACCACUGAAUGGAUAUAAUGAACUGCAGUAUAUAUGUAUGAUUGCUUUUUAAGUGAUUAUUUUUUCUUUUGUUAAAUCAUGUAAAUUCUUAAAUCCUUUUGCACUGAUGUGUUGAACCUAAUUGUACAUUCAAUUAAGGCAAACUUUUAUAAUUUACCUUUUGUUUUCAAUGACCUUGAAAUGUUACAGCAUGGUAUUCUAUGCAACUAGUUAUACUUUGAGGUUGACACUGUAUUUUUUCAUUGAUUUUCACACCCGGCAGGGUUCUCACACACGGUGCGUAAUGGUAGAUGCAUGUACUUGUGUUUUCUGUAAUUGUUGAAGUGCAAUGAUGUAUAAAAAAGUGGAUUCACCUGUUUUUAAAAAUAAAACUGAUAAAAGGU